AUGCGUGAUAUGAAAGUAUUACAUACAAUUCGUGAUAUACCAUCAAAUCGUGAUGGUCUUUGUGCAUUAUCAUCUAAUGAUGAAAAUCCUUAUUUAGCUUAUCCAGGAAGUACAAUAACGGGUGAAGUACAAAUAUUUGAUACAAAUAAUUUGAAACCCGGUAUUAUAAUAAGUGCUCAUGAAAGUACACUUGCUGCAAUGGCAUUUGAUAUGACUGGCACUAGAAUAGCAACAGCAUCGAAUAAAGGAACAGUGAUUCGUAUUCAUAGUGCAAUUGACGGUCCGCGUUUAUUUGAAUUUCGUCGUGGAGUUCGACGAGCUGCCAUUAUUUAUUCAUUGUCAUUCAGUCCUGAUUCAAUGUUUUUAGCAGCUUCAAGUAAUACAGAAACAAUACAUAUAUUUCGAUUAAUUCAACAAAAAGAAAAACCUCCAGAAAAAACAAAUUCAUGGAUAGAAUUAUUUAUUUAUCAAUUAGGUGAUGUUUCAUAUCAUUUAUCUCGAAAAGUAGCAGAAUCUUCUGUUUUUAGCUUUGAUAAAACAUUGAAAUUAUUUGUUGCUGGCUGUGGUGGUGUUGUUUAUAUUGGUGAAAUUUUAAGAGUUCAAUCAUCCGAAGGCACAAAAAGAAUUGACUGGACUGCACAAGAUACAUAUAAAAAAUUAUAUGAAAAAGUUGCUAAUAUAUUUUCAUUACCAUCAUCAGAUCAUUUUAUUUUAUAUAGAGAAAAAAAUAAAAAAUCACCGAUACCUCAUUCAUCAAUAAAAACAAGUUUUCGGCAUGGUGACAUAAUUUAUCUUGUUUCAGAACAAGAUAAUUUAUUUUCAAAAGAAAAGAAUUCUUCAUUAACUAUCAAAUCUGAUAAACCAAUAGUCAAAUCAUCUUCACAACCAAAUUUUCUUUCAAAAUCAAUUGAUAAUAAAGAAGAUGAUGUUGAUCUACAAUUAGAUAAAAUCGAUGGAAGAAUACCUCGACAACAAGAUCCACGAUUAUGUCAUCAUAAUCGACAUGGAAAAUGUUUGAAUUGCAUACCAAUUGAGCCAUAUGAUGAAGAAUAUUUAAAAAACCAUAAUCCACCUAUUAAACAUAUGUCUUUUCAAGCUUACAUUAGAAAAUUACAAAACGAAAUAUCUAGUGAUAGAAAUACAUUAUCUGGUUUGGAAAAUAUUAGUUGCUCUAUUAAAGAUCAAUGUUCAACAGGUCAUGCUCCAUGGCCAAAAGGGGUUUGCACAAAAUGUCAACCAAAUCCAAUGACUCUUAUGCGUCAGCCAUAUCGUCAUGUAGAUAAUAUAAUGUUUGAAAAUGGAAAUAUGGUAAAUCGUUUUCUUGAUUAUUGGCGUUCAGAAGGUCAUCAACGUAUUGGUUUUCUCUAUGGUCGAUAUGAAGUUUAUGAUGGUGUUCCACUUGGUGUUCGAGCUGUUAUUACUGCUAUAUACGAACCACCACAAGAAACAUCAAAAGAUAGUGUUGAAUUAAUUGUUCCUGAUCCACAUGAAGAUAUUGUUGAUGAAUUAGCAUAUUGUCUUGGUAUUCGUCGUAUUGGAUGGAUAUUUACUGAUCUCAUACCAGACGACAAAAGAUCAGGUGCUGGACCAGUUAUUCAUCAUCGAGGAAAUAUGAAUACAUUUUUUUUAACUGCACAAGAAUGUAUAAUGGCUGGUUGGUUUCAAAAUAAAUAUUUAAAUAAAUGUAAAUAUUCACCAGAUGGAUAUUUUGGUUCUAAAUUUAUUACUGUUGUUGUUACCGGUGAUGCAUCGGGACAAAUUCAAUUUGAAGGAUAUCAAGUAUCAAAUCAAUGUAUGGCUUUAGUUAAAUCAGAAAUUUUAUUUCCGACUUUUGAUGCACCUGAAUUAGGUUAUAUUAAAGAAACAAGUUCAGAACAAUAUGUUCCGGAUGUUUAUUAUAAAGAAAAAGAUUGUUAUAAUAAUGAAAUAAUGAAAAUAGCUCGUCCAUUACCUUUAGAAUAUUUAAUUAUUGAUAUUCCAACAGGUUUUCCAACAGCUAAUACUGAAAUACAAUCAACGUUUAAUGAUAAUUGUUCCAUCAUAAUAACACCAUUUUGUAUUGAAAAUCGAACAAAAACAAGUGAAAUACAAGAUAUGGAUACAUUAGCAUUAUAUUUACAACAAUUCGCAGAGAUUGACAUUACAAAAUCAAAUUCAAAACCAUAUAAAGCAACGGAUCUUUUAGCUGAUCUUCAUUUAUUAUUGUAUCUUGUAGUCAAUGAUAUUUUUCAGUUUUCUAUGGAUCAACUUAAUCCAUUACUUUAUUCAUUACGUACUAAUGACUUGAGUGGAGUUGAAACAUGGAUGAAAGGUGAUCAUUGGCAAACAUUGCUUCAACUUAUUCAAAUAGAACUUCCAAGUUUAUCAUCAUCAGAUAAUCAAUUAACUCACACGGAUUCCGAAGAACAAUCAUCAACAUGCCGAUCUAGUAUUGGUAGUGCUAAUAGCGGUGAUGGCUCUUCAGACAGUACUGUUCCCGCACAAUAUAAAGUACUUACAUUAACAUUCAAUCAAGAUUGCACAUCGUUAGCCAUGGGUACACCAAACACCUAUUCUUUAUUUACUAUUGGCCAAGAAAAUAAAAUUGAUGAAAUUCAUGAUUCUGAAAUUCAACCUCUUAUAAAUGUCCCAUAUCUUCCUUAUGAUUCAGUUUACAUUAUUGAACGAUUAUUUUCAAGUUCAUUAAUCGCACUUGUUAGUAAUCAAGCACCACGUAAAUUAAAAGUAUGUCAUUUCAGAAGAGGCACAGAAAUAUUAUCUUAUUCAUUUGCAAAUACAAUUCUCGCUGUUAAACUUAAUCGUGCGAGACUUAUUGUUUGUUUGGAAGAAAGUAUUUACAUUCAUAAUAUGCGUGAUAUGAAAGUUUUACAUACAAUUCGUGAUAUACCAUCAAAUCGUGAUGGUCUUUGUGCAUUAUCAUCUAAUGAUGAAAAUCCUUAUUUAGCUUAUCCAGGAAGUACAAUAACGGGUGAAGUACAAAUGUUUGAUACAAAUAAUUUGAAACCCGGUAUUAUAAUAAGUGCUCAUGAAAGUACACUUGCUGCAAUGGCAUUUGAUAUGACUGGUACUAGAAUAGCAACAGCAUCGAAUAAAGGAACAGUGAUUCGUAUUCAUAGUGCAAUUGAUGGUUCGCGUUUAUUUGAAUUUCGUCGUGGAGUUCGACGAGUUGCCACUAUUUAUUCAUUAUCAUUCAGUCCUGAUUCAAUGUUUUUAGCAGCUUCAAGUAAUACAGAAACAAUACAUAUAUUUCGAUUAAUUUAUCAAAAAGAAAAAUCUUCAGAAGAAACAAGUUCCUGGGCAGGAACAUUUAGUCGUCUAUUAGGUGAUGUUGCGUAUUAUUUACCUAAACAGACAUCAGAAGUAUUUACACAAGAUCGUGCAUUUGCAACUGUACACUUACAAUCAGCAGGAAUGAAAACAGCGAUUGCUAUGAAUAUCUUCGAUAAAACAUUGAAAUUAUUUGUUGCUGGCUAUGAUGGUGUUGUUUAUAUUUAUGAAGUAAAUACAAAUGAAGGUGGAGAAUGUAAACAAAUCAGUCAAUAUCUUUUAUUUAACUUCUCACAAAAUUCAAAUAAUCAGCAAACAGUAAUAGCAAAUGACCGACGAAACUCACUUGAUGAAUCCAGACAGAUUUAUUCAUCAAAUGUAUCAAGAAAUGAAAGUAAUACAGUUUCACUUUCAUCUAAACUUACAAAUGAGAAAAAAUCUGAUGAUCAAUUAUAUAAUACUGCACUACAAGAACAAAAUUUUCCUGGAUUACCAUCACCACCCACAGGUGAUGAUGAAUAA